CCCAACUGUUGCCCGGACCAACCCAUCCAGCAUCCAGGUCCCACACAGUCCGACAGAGAGCAGAGAGAGUGCGCACGGAGCGCAAAGGGGAUAGUCGCGCUUUUAUACAGCGUGGAUUGUUUUUGUGAUUCGUUUUGGACAUUUCUCUGCACGUUUCUUCUUUUUUAAAAUAUAUUUUUGGAGUUUUUGCUGGAUCAUUCUCGGCCCAUAAACGGCAGUCCUUAUUAUGACUUCCUCGCACCUGUCCCUACUGACGCUGAUCUGCGUCCUGGCCUCUGCAUCGGUUACCGGAGACACCGGCUUCCUCCAGCUCUCAAGUGACUUUGAUGAGGACAUGCUCUCCCGGCAUAUGUAUAGGUUGUACGAGAAAUAUAACAGAGAGAAGCGCCUGAAAGAAGGAAACACUGUCAGGAGUUUCAGAGCCAUCCAAGACUCUGCUGACCACAGGAUUGUGUACAGACUUAACCUAACAACCCUUCAGGAAUCAGAGGUCAUCCUCUCUGCAACAUUCCACUUCCUGCUAGAUAAGCACACACUUACAAGGCCCUGGUUCUGCAAACGCUUCAAGAGCCCAACAUGUCACUCCGCAUUCACACAACCUUCUCCGCCCAUCAGCUUGAUGUUUCGCUCCCUCUCUUUUGGGUCGGAGGUUAGAUCUGAGCCAGUGGAGUCAUCUCUAGGUAACGUGACCUUUUACCCCCACAGGAAAGGGGUUUGGCAGAUGAAAGAUGUGACCAAGCUAAUAAAGGAAGCUCAAGCUAGGGGUCAGUUUUUGCUGUCGCUGGAACUGGACUUUGGACAACAGCCCCACAAAAAACAGGGGGAUGUUUUCUCUGCUGUCAGCAUGCCCUACCUGUUACUGUAUGCCAAUGACCAAGCUUUAGCAGAGCCAAACAGUGUUGCUGCUAGCCUUCAGAGAUAUGACCCAAUAAGUGAGGGAGCAGAAGUCCUGCACAGGUCUAACUCCUCACCGAGACUGAAGGGACGCAUAAGAAGGCAAACAGAUCCACUCCCUGACACCAUCCAGAACAACGAGUUGCCCGACGUCAACUUCAGACCCAGUGAAUACAGAAAAGAGGACCUGUGGGAGAUCAACUGGCACUUCGCAUUCAAACCGAAGUUUAAGGCAGAGAGGAAAGAAAAGACGGGGAAGAGUCAAGACAGGGCCAGAGAAGAGCGAGACAAAGCCGAACCUCAGACCCUCAAAGGAGAAGAAAGAAUAGCACAAAUUAAAACGGACGAUUCAGGUACCCUUAAAGAGAGUCCAACACUUUCUCUUGGUGACAGACAGAAGAAUGAGCGGAGCAAUCGGGGAAAACACAAGGGUCGGGUUCCUUCUCAGUCAUCUGUUCUGAGUUUUGAUGAACAAACAAUGCGGAAAGCCAGGAGACGGCAGUGGGGCCAGAACAGACGCUGUUCCAGGAGGAACCUAAGAGUGGAUUUUGCUGAUAUUGGCUGGAAUGAAUGGGUUAUAGCCCCCGAGUCAUUCGAUGCCUAUUACUGUGCUGGUGCAUGUGGUUUUCCCAUGCCUCAGGCUGCCAGGCCAUCCAACCACGCCACCAUUCAGAGCAUAGUCCGAGCUGUUGGGAUCAUCCCUGGGAUUCCCGAGCCCUGCUGUGUCCCAGAAAACAUGAGUCCCCUGGCUGUGCUCUUCCAGGAAGAAUCCAGAAACCUGGUACUCAAGGUUUACCCCAACAUGUCCGUCCAGUCCUGCUCCUGCCGAUAGAACAAUGGUGAGGGGAGAACGCAAAAAAGGGAAAAACAACAGGCGUAAAGGUGGCAGAACUGUGCAACUGUGCAUCGGAUAACAGGUUUCCUGAUGCUGGAAAAAAAAAUGCCACCUUACUCUGAAAUAUUCCUUCAAGAAUAAGGGAGAUGUAAAGGAAUCACUUUCAUUGAGUUUGACUGACCUCUGCACUGACAGGAGAAGCACAGACAGUGUUUUGUAUCUCCAAGAAGACCCGUAGGUUAUAUGUUGCUGAAUGCAGUCAGUUGAGAAGAGCAUUUAAGAGAUGUUUUCCUGUUUAAUAGCAGAAAGCUUUUAAACACAGCUCAUGUUGAGUUUGUGGUUUUGUUUUACAAUGCACUGCAAAAGUAUUCAUACCUGUUGAACCUUUUAAAAUGUGUUCCCAAUACAACCACAGGCUUCAAAGCAUUUCCCUGAGAUUUUAUAUGACAGAACAAUACAAAACUCUCAUUUGCGAAGUGGAAAUACAAGGACGGGUGCUAUUGAUUUUUUUUUUCUUUUACAAAUAAAACUAUGUAAAGUGUGGUGUUCAUUUGUAUUCAGAACCCUCAAGUCAGAAUCAGAUAACCACUUUUAGGUUUCUUCCAACUUCUAGAGACCUAGAUCUGUGUUUGCAUAGUAAUCCAUCAAACACAGCAGACUAGAAGGAUGGCAUCGUUGAAAAGCAAUUUCAAAUGUAACAUUUAGUUCUGGGCUUUGACUAAGUAAUUCUAAUACAUUUAUAUGUAUUAGAUGUAUUUAAAUAAUACAUCUAAUACACUCUUUGUACUAAACCAUCCAAUUUUGAUUCUGGUUGAAUGUCUAAUUUUGGUGUCCUGGAAGGUGAUCUUCAUCCCUAAUCGUGAGUUUGUUGCAGUCUCUAAGGUUUGUUGCAGUCUCUAAGAGUUUUCUUACAGAACUCCCUCAUCUUUAGAUCCAAUCAUCUUUAGAUCCAAUCAUAUUUAGAUCCAAUCAUCUUCCCAUCAACUCUUGGCAAGUUCCCUCUUCCUGCUGAAUAAAAGCAUUCCAAUAGGACGAUGUUUCAACGUUUUAAACAUGUUUCACCAUUUUACAUCACCCCCUACCCCCAACUCUCUUUUAAUCUCAUCUGAUGAGAGUGAGUUUCUUCAUAUCCCUGAAUGCCUUGCAGUAAAUUGUAAAUGGAACUUUUCAAGACUUUCUUUUAGCAUAUUUUCUUCCCAUUUUUCCAUUAUUGCCAGAGUUGUGGAUCACAAAACUUAUAUUGUUCCAGUUGAUGUCAGAUCUUUGAAUAGGUUGGCAGUUGUUCCAUGCUUUUUUUAUGUUGAGUUGAUGUACCAAACCACAUUUUUCAUACUUUAAUUUUAAAAACACAAUAAUAAAACUAAUAAAAAUAGUAAACCCAUUUCCACACACAUCCUCACACAUUUUGUUCUACUUUAUGUUGUUCUGUCACUUAAAAUCUCAUCAAAGUACAUCCAAGUUUUUGUGUCUAAUGUGAUGAGAUGUAAAAAGGAGUAAGAAUACUGGUGAAGGCGAAAUUUUUGACUACAAAAGCACAUUAUUAUUUGGCAGCUCAUUCAGCAAACAAGAUUAUUAAACAUUUCUGAUUUUGUGCAUACUUUUUACCCUCAUAUGUGUCAUUUUGUUUGCAGACAAUGUGUUGUUUUAUGUUGUAUAAAGAAACAAAUUGUAGAGAGCACUUCACACCAAGCAACUCCCCUCUAACACUUUAAGAAUCUUAGAAUAAAAACAUGUGUUUUGUAA